AUGCAAAUGAAACCCAGAGUGACUGAGCUCAGUGUGAGGAUGGCGGCUGUGCAGGUACUGGUUGGGAUCUUCCUGUACGUGAACUGUCUCCUGAUCUUUACCUUCUUCAGAAAAGAGGCUUUCCGGAGGGACACGCGCUAUGUUUUGUUCGCCCAUGUGCUGUUCGCAGACUCCUUCAUGCUGGUGCUGACUGAUUUAGCUCUGCUUCUCACCUACUUUUAUAUCUUGGUGCCUUCAGGAGCCUGUAUUGUGCUGUGCAUGAUUAUGGAAAUUCUCACUUACUGCACCCCGCUGACCCUCACUGCCAUGUGUUUGGAGCGCUAUGUGGCCAUCUGUAUGCCUCUGAGACAUGCGGACAUUUCCACGACCAGAAGACGGCUAACUAGCAUGCUCAUCAUAUGGGCCCUCAGCUCUGUACCUCCCUGCAUUGAUCUCAUUGUCCUCCUUGCGUCUGAACCCCCUCAUUUUUACACUGAAAAGAACAUAUGCAGAUAUGAGAUGAUGUUGCGCAAGCAGUGGCAAAGCUAUCUGAGAUCCACGCUGUCCCAGUUCUACUUUCUAGUAAUAGCUAUUAUAAUUGUAUUUACCUACAUAAACAUCAUGGCUGCAGCUGCAGCAGCCUCAGGAAAUAAUAAGAGCUCCACAAAAAGAGCUCAGAACACAAUCAUUCUGCACACCUUUCAGCUCUUGCUCUGUUUGAUGCAAUUAGUUUGCCCUUUUAUAGAGAUGGCAGUCAUGGAGAUACACAUUGAGGUCUUCUUAAACCUGUCAUAUUUUGAUUUCCUUGCAUUCAUUUUAGCUCCUCGAUGUCUAAGUCCACUUGUUUAUGGUUUAAGGGAUGAGAAAUUCUUCCUCGUGUUAAAAUACUAUGCUGUCUGUGGAUUAAAUAAAAAGCAAUCUCCACUCUUAGUGGUGAUAUAG